AUGUGGUGUUCAAAGAGGAGAUUUUUUCCUUUUAGCAAUAUUACAUGUCCAGAUGAUGCAGAGGAUCUUUUUACUUCUCCAAAUUCAUUGGAGGCAGAAGAGAUGCAACAAUCACAUCCAACUGUGAUUCCACCUACAUCUCUGAACAUACAGCCACAAAUUGAAGACACUACUGCUACAACAGAAGAAACCACAAAUGAUGCAAGAGUUUUAGACAAUGUCAUAUCAUAUGGAGAGCAUAAGAGUGUAGAUCAAAUAAAUGACAAUUUUAUUGAUGACCAAGUAGCUGAGCCAACAGAAGCCCAGCAAUAUUCUUCAGAACCAACAGAAUCUGAACAAGUAGUUGAGUCCUAUCUUAGUGUUUUUUCAGUCUUAAAUGAGCCACAGUCUUUCAAGAAAGCUGCAUAUGAUCCAAGGUGGAUAGAAGUUAUGAACCAAGAGAUUAAAGCACUUGAAGAAAAUCACAUCUGGGAGGUGGUAGACUUGCCAGAAGGUAAGAAGCCAAUUGGUUCUAAGGUGAUUUCUAUGAGGAAGUGUAAUACUCUUGCCACAAGGUUCCCAAAUCCAGGGGAGAAUAAAGUCUGCAUACUAAUAAAGUCACUCUAUGGCUUGAAACAGGAUUCGAGACAAUGGAACAUUAAGCUCACAGAUGCCCUGGUAGGAGCAGGAUACCAGCAGAGUGCAUAUGAUCAUUCCUUGUUUACUAAGCAAUUAGGACAGGACAUUGUUAUCAUCUUGGUGUAUGUUGAUGAUCUUUUAAUCACUGGUAGAAACAUGUCCUUAGUAGAAGAUACCAAGAUUACUUUGCAUGCCAAAUUCAAGGUCAAAGGAUUUAGGGGAACUUAG